ACACCAUUUCUCAGUUCAUCUCUUUCUCUCUAUUCUCUUUCUCUUUCUCAACUUCCUUUGCUAUUCUAGUUUCCAAACACCCACUAACAUGGAUGAUCAUCAUCAUCAUCAAUAUCCCAAGAUGGAAACCUUUUUGUCAAAAGGACUAAUGCCCUCUUAUUUUCAAGGCAUAUCCACAACUGGGUCGAGUUUUUUUAAAGAUCCAAACAUGUUGAGUUCUCUAACUCCAACUUAUUAUGCUCCUGAAGAAGACAAAAACGGUGUCGUAUCUAGAUCAGGAUCAGAGUCUAGUAACUCUUCUAUAGAAGAUAAAACCACUAACACUUGCUCUUCUAAAUCUCUUCCUUUUGUUCCUCUAAAUCUCUUCAAAGCCCUUGAUCCAAAGCUCACUAGACCUCAAGUUUCUGAGCCAAAUUCAACAUUGUUUGAUCCACCAUCAUCAUCAUCACCUUCAUUUUCUUCCACCGAUCAACAAGUCCAACCCGGAAUCGAGUGGCUGAAAAUGACUCAAAACUUUCAUCACCAAUCCAAAGGGUUCAGUAGUUAUUGGCUUAGCACCACAAAGACUCAGCCUAUGAAGAACACAGGAUCACCAAGAAGAUCAUCACCAUCACCAUCACCAUCACCACCAUCAUCAUCAUUGGAAGUAAGUCAAAACCAGAACCAAAAGUCAACCUUUUCAUCAGUGAAGUUGUUCAGAGGGGUGAGGCAGAGGCACUGGGGGAAAUGGGUGGCUGAGAUUAGAUUACCAAGAAACAGAACGAGGGUGUGGCUUGGAACUUUCGACACGGCUGAUGAAGCCGCCAUGGCCUAUGACACUGCAGCUUACAUGUUAAGAGGGGAUUUUGCUCAUCUGAACUUCCCAGAUAUGAAGCACCAACUCAAGGCCAAUUCUCUCAAUGGAUCAACUGCUGCUCUUCUUGAAGCUAAACUUCAAGCUAUAUCAAAUGGUAUUGCUCCUUCUUCUUCUAAUAAUAAUCAGCUGUCAUCACCAAAGAAGAAGAAGGUGUCGUUUAAGAGCUCAAAAGCCACUGGUUUGGGACAAAACCAGAACCAAAAUGGGAGAAAAGAAAGGGAGUUUAUUGGGUUGGAGAGCAAAGUGGGAUGUGAUUAUCAUGAUCAUCAUCAGGCAACAAUGGCAUCUCAUGAAACCAAUACUAAGAGAAGCCAUGAAUUAGUAGUACCAGAUGUGGAUUCUGUUCAACUAAGUAGAAUGCCUUCUUUGGAUAUGGACAUUAUUUGGGAAGCUCUUUUGGUUGAUCAUACAUAAUUAAUCAUUUUAUGCUUUUAAUCACUUUUUUAUUUAUCAAAGUUACUGUUAUUAUUACUAUGUUGAAUACACCAUUUCAAACCUCUAUUCAACACUAUAUGAAAUUCAUAGUGGGGGGUACAGUUAUGUUUUUUUUUUCUUUUUUCACUCUUUUUUAUAUUAGAAAAAAUACCAUACUUAUUUUUCUUUUGGUAGAAAAAGGCUAUUGGUUUGUUUGUACUAGUCUUUUCAUUGGAGUGAAUUGUCAGUGUACACAAUCAAUGCCAUUUUAUGCUAGUUUUUUCUCUCUUU